AAUCGCGACUUGUUUUGCCAACUAGACAUAGUCCUGUCACAGUUGCAAAAUAAUGCAAUUUUCAUACUGUUUACUCAGAUUUAAUCUUUACAACUUAACUUAAAAUCGUUCUCAGUGAUAUGUGACGUCGGUAAGAGAAAUUAAAUAUGUCGUGGCUCAAUUUAAACCAGAGUUUGAACAGUUUGAAAGGGCAGAUUACGAACUUUGCUUCUGAGGUGUUAUCUGAAGUGCCUGGACAGGAUACUGAGGGUAAUGCAGCUGCGACCGAGACUUCUGUAAAGGAACUUGAGGAGAAAUGCCACAACCAGGAGCUCGAGAUCGCAUCUCUGAAGAGGCUUACAGCUGAAUUUGAAGCCACAUUGCAAUCUGAGAGACUCAACAGAAAGAAUGGAGUCAAAGAAAAAGAAGAAGAAUCCAGUUGGUACUGGGACCCUCCGCCGCAGCCCGCUCGAACAGAGGCGGACAUCGAAAACGUGUACAAAACACAAAUCAAGGAACUACAAGAUGAAAUAUCCACCUUAAAAGAACGCUACUAUAUAGACCCGAGACAAGACAAUGACGACGAACUUGAGAAACUAAGAGAAGAAAACAAAAACCUAACGACAAAUCUAGAAGAUUUGGACUCACAACAUCAAUUAGCCAUGGAGAGACUUUUAAGCUUAAAGAAAGAGUUGCAAAAGAAUUUUGAAGUUCUAAGGCAAGAGCAUGAAGAUCUAAAGUAUAACAACGAUGAAUACGCAAAUGAAAUUAAAGUUCUGCAAGCUAAAAUAGCAGAGAAGGAUAAAUAUUUGGAAACUUUGAAGACGGCUAAGGCAGAUUACGAUACAUUGCAUCAUAAAUAUAUAAAUUUAGAAAGGAUACAUGCUCUAUUAAGAGAAAAUGCUGAGAAAUUUCAGGAAGAGAAUCAAGAGUUACAUGAAGAAAUAUUUAGAUUACAGGAGCAGGUAACUAAAUUAGAACACGAAGUUGAAAUUGUUACUAAGCAUUCUGAGCUAUCUGAGACUGUCCCUAGAGAAAGGUACGAAGAGUUGUUAAAGGAACUGAAUGAUUUAAAAGACAGUAGAAACUCCAACCACCAGCAUGUUGAUGAAGUCAAUAUUGAUGAUAACGCUAAGAGUGUCAUCGAAACAUUGAAAAGAGAGUUGCAUGAAGUGAAACAUAGAUUAGCUCAAAAGGAAAGUGACGCACAAUCUGAUAACAAAGUAAUUAAAACUGAAAAGAUAAUGCAGUUUUAUAAUAAAUACGUGAACUUUGAUAUUCCUGUAGAUUACCUCGGAGAAGUGCCAUCAAGUGGCGAAAAUAUAGUGGUAUUUAAAUUAGAAAGUGUUUUUAAAACACUGAAUUCUUUUAAGAAGGACAUUGAUAAGCUAAACCAUAAGCUGUCUGAGAAGAAACUUAACAUCGACCAUAUGCAGACACAGAUAGAUGAUUUAACAACAGAGAAUGACUUCCUAACCAAUGACUUACAUCAUACUGAGAGAGAAUUGGAGGAAAUGAAAAAGAAUAAUGACUUUUUGAUAUCAGAAAUUGCGGCCUUAAAGAAUACGUCCAAACUAGAACCUAUAAUAGAAACGCAUGAAGAUAACUUAGCGAAACUAGAGACAGAACUAGCAGAUUCAAAUAAAUUAAAUAAGAAUUUCGAGUCUAAAAUACAACAAAUAGAAAAAGAACUAGCGGCAGUUAAACAUGAAAAAGGUUUGCUGCAAACAAGCUUAGCUGACUUAAAAGAGAAAUAUACGUUGAUGCUUAGUGAACUCGAUAUGUUUUCAGCUAAAACAAAAGAUGCGGAAGAGUUAGAAAAAACUGUCAACAUUGCAAGUGAAGAAAUGGUUAAAAACUGCACACAUGAAAUUCAUGAAUUGAAAAAACGGCUAAAUGCUGCUAAUGCUAAAAACGAACAAUUAUCAAUAGACGUGCAUAUUGCAGAAAAUGAUAAGGUAUUACUUACCCAAGAAAUUGACAAUCUUAAGCAAAAUCUUAAACAUGAUACACAGAGUUCGCCCAACUCUAAAGACGAACAUGAUGGAAGGUUACCAGAGGUUGUUGAAGAUAGUUUAGAACCACAAGCUAGAGCUGCGAGUAGUCAUUUAUUGGAAAGAAGUGCACAACACAAAAAUAUGACCGCAGCAUUGAAAGAAAUUGAAGAAAUAAAAUUAGAAAAAGCACAAAUUCAAGCGCAUUUGGAUGUCGCAAAGGAUGAAAAUAUGCUAUUAAAGGAAAGUAUUAGCCAACUUAAUACGGCAAUUGAUCACAUUAGGCAGCAAGAGAAACACUUGCUUAUUCAAAUAGACGAUUUAAAGAAAUCAAGACAAGCAGUAGUCGAUAACGAACAGGUGCUUCAAGGAACUAUUGAAAAGUUGAAUGAUAAGGUAGCAACGCAAGAAAUAUUAACUAUGGAGGUAGGUAAACUUAAAGAAGAAAAUAUACAUUUGACCCAACAAAAAGUUCACCUGGAAGCAGAACUGUUAUCUACAGACAGUAAAAUCACACAGUUUAAUCAAGAAUUUGUAAAAGUAUUAAGCAAUGCCAGUGAAAAAGAUAGUCUUAUCGACGCUCUAAAUACUACUAUCACUGAAAAUAAGUCUAAAGUAAUUUAUUUAAAUGAUAAAAUAUCAGAAUUAGAAAAUAAUUUGAUGUCUAAAAACAAUGAAAUCAUUAAACUACAAAAAUCUCUCGAAGAUGUUACUCAAGCAUUAAAUAAAACUAACCAGCAAUCAAAUCAAAGUAAAGAGGCGAUUUUACUGGAAAAAGAAUCUCUGAACCAACAGCUUAUUGAGCUUAAUGUUGAGCUUAAAAAUAAAACAAAUGAAAUUUCUGCUUUAAACAAUACAAUUGCAGAAGUUGAAAGAAAUCGUUCUGGUUUUAAGACAUUAGCAGAUGAUAAAGACAAGGAAAUCAAAGAACUACGUCAAAGUAUAGUUGAAAUAAGUGACAAACUGAAAAAUGUCGACCAUACAACAAAUGCUGAUGAUUACGCCAUAUUACUUAAAGAAAAAGAAGCCAUACAAAACGAAGUUGUAGAUCUACAAAAUAAUAUCACUGGUAAGCAGGAGGAGCUAAAUGAAAUUAAAGCAAAACAUGACCUAAUGGAAAGAGCUUGUAUUGAAUAUAAAACUUUAGUAGAAAACACAACAGCUGAAAAAGCGGAGCUAAUAAAUCUAGUUAAUUUAAAACACAAUGAAAGUUUGCAGUACCACAAUGAAAUACAAAGGCUGAACCAUAUCCUUUUAGAACAGAAUACUGAAAUGAAAAAGUUAAUUGAAGAAAAGAAUCAACAAAUACAAAAUAACGAAACCUGUCCAACCUGCGAGAAUUUAAGAAUGACUCUUAGAGAAAAAGAUGAAAUAAUAAAGAGUCUUAAUCAGAAUAAUAGUGUGUUUGAAAAGAAUAAGGCUGAUUUAUUGAAUGCGAAUGAAAGUUUGAGGAUGUUAACGGAAAAAUGCGACGGUUUGGAGAAAAAUCUUCAGAUACAGCUGGAGAAUGUAAAGACAUUGGCAGCAGAAAAGAUACAGCUGUCAGAGCAACAUGACAACGCGACUCGCGAACUGGAGCGACUACGUCACCAUCUCGUCGAGAUGGAAGACAACUAUACACAGGAGCUGAUGACGUCAGAACAGAAACUGACGGAAUGUCAAUCCAGGUUGCAACAUGUUGAGGAAAGAGCUAAGCAGAGCAGUACGGUUUAUACUAGUAAUAGCAUUCGAGCCAAUCAAGAAGUAGAAACGCUGCGUAACCAAAUCAAACUGCUUGAGAAACAACGAGAGGAAGUCCAAGCCAGACUUGGAGAAGCUGAGGAUGCGAGAGGAAGGAGUGAUGCUGCGCUCACCAACUUGCAAGUUGUCUUGGAACAGUUCCAAUUAGACAAAGAACGAGACAUCCACUCCUCCACCGAAAAAAUAAGAAACAAAAUGGAGGAUCUGAAAAAAGAAAAUGGCGGAUUACAGAAACAGAUAGAAAAACUCAACGUGAAACUGCAAGAAUCUCUAGCUGGUCUCCAAGCCGCUACAAGACUUGGGGAUCAACUGGAAACAAAAACAGCCCAAAUCAAUGAUUUGAAAGAACAAGUAAAAACGCUGCAGACUUCGGUCGGCGCGGCGGAAGAGCGGUACUACAAGGCAAUAUCCAACCAGCAAGAUAAAGUGGACAAGAAUUUAGUCAAGAACCUUGUGCUAAACUUCGUGCUUACUGCGGGGAACAAUACUAAUAAGACUCAAAUACUGCGGGUGUUGUCAACGGUACUAGAUUUCAACCAACAGGAGUGUCGGAAGCUUGGCUUAGAGAAGGCGCCUCCAACGGACAGCCUCGCCGCCGAAUUCGUCAAAUUCUUACAGGACGAGAGCAAGCCCCGAGCGCCAUUACCAAGCAUGAUGGGUAUCACGAGGAGUAAUACGCCGAGCUCCAGGAAAAGCUCUACUAUAGGCCCCUCCCCCAUCCCCUCAGAACUCCUGGGCCACAAGCGGAACCCCUCCACCGGCUCCAACAACCUCCUCUUCCAAAAUAUAGACAACGCGGAGACCACCUCGCAGAUAUCCAUCGAGUCCGACCAUCGAGUCUCCACCAGUAUGGACACGGGAGUUAACCAGACGAGGAAUACAGAGGGCGCCAUUUUGAAACACGUUUUGAAGGAUAUGUAAAUAUUUAUAACUCAGUUUCCCCUUAAAAUAUUAUUAAAAUAUCAAACUUUGUCUAUAAUCGUGACUGGUAGAGAAUGCCUCAUGGCAUUAAGUUAGUUUUUUGUACAUUAAGUUUUUCUUUUGUGCAAUAAAGACUAAAAUGUAAACAAAGUUAUUCAAAUCAAAUGACUACAAACUCUUACAACAUAGACAACGUGGAGACCAACUCGCAGAUAUCCAUCGAGUCUCUUCUAGUAUGGACACGGGAGUUAACCAGACGAGGAAUACAGAGGGCGCCAUUUUGAAAUACGUUUUGAAGGAUAUGUAAAUAUUUAUAACUCAGUUUCCCUUAAAAUAUUAUUAAAAUAUCAAACUUUGUCUAUAAUCGUGACUGGUAGAGAAUGCCUCAUGGCAUUAAGUUAGUUUUUUGUACAUUAAGUUUUUCUUUUGUGCAAUAAAAACUAAAAUGUAAACAAAGUUAUUCAAAUAUUCAAAUCAAAUGACUACAAACUCUUACAACAUAGACAACGUGGAGACCAACUCGCAGAUAUCCAUCGAGUCUCUUCUAUGAGGGAGUUAACCAGACGAGGCAUACAGAGGGCGCCAUUUUGAAACACGUCUUGAAGGAUAUGUAAAUAUUUAUACCUCAGUUUUCCGUAGAAUAUUAUUAAAAUAUCAAACUUUGUCUAUAAUCGUGACUGGUAGAGAAUGCCUCAUGGCAUUAAGUUAGUUUUUUGUACAUUAAGUUUUUCUUUUGUGCAAUAAAGACUAAAAUGUAAACAAAGUUAUUCAAAUAUUCAAAUCAAAUGACUACAAACUCUUACAACAUAGACAACGUGGAGACCAACUCGCAGAUAUCCAUCGAGUCUCUACUAGUAUGGAUAUUGGAUAUAGGGGUGAGCCAGACUAGAAAUACGAAGGGCGUUAUUUAAAUAGGUAAGACAAAGCAAAAGAAGGGUUAUAAUUUUAACCAGCUUGUUUAUAUGUUAAAUAUUUAAAUGACGGUCCGAUUGGCCAGUCUACUACGCAAUAUAAUACAAGAGGUUUAUUCAGAUAGUAAUUUCUUGUUAUCAAACUGUUAUGGAUAUAAUCUGAAAGCUGACAGAUCACAUCGAUAACCGUUUAAUAACAAGAAAUAACUAUCUGUACGAAACCGGGUAGAUCAGACAUAGAUCAGACAAUUUAACUGUCAUUUUAUUAUCUGGCAUAAGACAGUUUAGGUGUCUUAUUUAAAUUAUUAUAGUAUUAGAUACCAUAUCAGAACAAACUUAGUAGCGCUGAUAUUUUUUCUGCUGUCUUGACUCUGUAUUUGUUUUAGUAUAUUUAGUGCCUUAUUUAGAAAGAUUUUAGCAAUAGUCAUAUUUACUUCAUACAAAUAUAAUUUUGGGUGAUACAUUUUAAUUUUGCGCAACAUUUACUUUUGUGAUAUAACAUUUAAAACUUUCGCGGUUUAAACACAUAUUAAAUCACAUUUAGAAACGGGUCUACCAGUGAAACCUGUGUCGAAACGUCGGUAAAUAAAGGUAACAAAAUAAAUUCGCGAUAGACCCGUUUCUAAAUGUGAUUUAAUAUUUACUUUUGUGCACUGAAUGAACUUUACGUUUUUAAUAUGAUCCUACGUAAUAACGCUAAAAGUGCGUAAACAAAUAAAUUUUGAAUUAUGCUCCAUUCAAUAAUGCAAUUUACCCUUUUAAUACCAUAGACGUUACAUUUACCCACUAGAAGGAGUGAUGUUGGAAUCAUGCAGAUUCCAUUAUACGGAUGAUAGGAUUAAAAUGUACCUAUAUUUUACGUAGUUUUAGUUUGUAAUAUGUAUAAAUUGAUUGUAAAUUCUUCUGUUUCGCCUGUAUUUUGUUCAAAUUAGGUAAUUAUACGCCUGUAUAAUAAUUAUUUUUAGUUUCUUGUUAGUUUUGUAUAACUGAUGUUAUACAAUAAAUCUUAUAGGUUAUGUGUGUAGUUGUGAAAGUAUUUUUUGUCCCACAGUAAAAUGCAUAAAUUCAAAAUACAUUUUAUUUGAUAUAUGAUAUUCUGAACAGAGGCCCUACCGCGAAAAACGAAAAUCGAAUAUGCAAUUAGCGAUAGGGGCAGAUGGGCGCUUUAUUAAAGUUUAUGAGUUGUUAAGGAUUUGUGGAAUUUUAGGCUGUUCCUCCUCAGAAUCACGAGCCCUAUCGAAUCUAGUCGGUGAAAAAAAGUGUCCCAAUUUUUACCUACUUAUAACUUUUUUACUUUCAAAAUGCCACUGCCAUACAAGAGCCUAUAGAAAAAAGUUUCGUUAUUGGAACAAAAAAAAUGGGACACUUUUUUUCACCUUGUAGACUCGAAAGGGUUCGUGAUUCUGAGUAGGAAAAACCUAAAAUUUCACGGAUCCCUAACAACUCAUGAACUUACAACGAAAAAAAAAACGCCCAAAUAAUGAAAUUUCGAUUAUAAUUUUUCGCAGUAGGCCCUCAGUAGUAUUUUUGAUUGUCGUUCACUUCAAAUAGAUGCCCUUAAAAGAUAAAUUCUCUUUUUUUCAUUUGUUGCUCAGAAAUGGGAUAUUAACCUUUACGUAUACGUAUAGGUUACGUAUACAUACCACACAAUUUGGACUGUAAUUUACAAUUUCAAGGUUAUUUCAGUAGCAAAUUUUUGACAGGUAUAGGGUGGGCCAGUGAUAAAUUCUCUUUUCGUCUCGACGUAUUUCGUUAAAAUGCAUUUAUCAUUGGCCCAUCCUAUAUUUAAUUAUUUAUCGCUUAACGCCUCUUUUCGCACUUUCUUGUAAGAUCCCCUUUCUUAGAGUAAUUUCAAAUUUCAUUUUGAAAACAAUUUCUUGUCUUCGUAUUCGUCCAAACGAUUUUGCACGUUAAUUGAGUGGCAAUAAAAUUGAAAAUGAUAGUUAUGUUGUAUGUGACGCCUGAUAUAAUAAUGUAAAUUUAAUUUGUGAAUAUGUCAAUAUUUGUAUUAUUUAAUUAUAUUGGUUUAUCGCAGCAAUAUAUGAAUGCGUUUUAAUAA